GCCCACGGCCGCCCCGGGUUGGCAGCAGCAUGAGCCGCCCCGCCGUCUAGAGUUGCCUCCGCCUCCUCCAUCCCCAUCACUCCCCACUCCUGGUCCCCGCCCCCCUCAACCCCCCCCCCCCCGCGCCCUGGGGUGAAUGGGAGCCCAGAGCUGAGGCCCGGCACCUGCCCCCCGCCAUGGCUCAGGAGAAGAUGGAGCUGGACCUGGAGCUGCCACAGGGCACUGACGGGGGCGGCCUGCGGAGGUCCAACAGCGCUCCGCUCAUCCAUGGGCUCAGUGACAAUUCACAGGUAUUCCAGGCUGAUAUGUUAAGAACCAGAAGGAAUAGUACUACAUUUUUAAACCGGCACAACCUGUUGCUACCAUCCUCCCCUCUUCGAAUCCCUAGUAGCCGGAUUCAUCAGAUCAAACAGGAAGAAGGGAUGGAUAUGCUAAACAGGGAAACUGUACAUGAACGAGAAGUUCAAACUGCAAUGCAGAUAAGCCAAACAUGGGAAGAAACUCUAACCUUGAACGAUAACGAUGGAGAGAAGUCAUCAUCCCCAAGGCGUGUUGAUUUUAUUCCAGUAUCUCCUGCCCCUUCACCUACAAGGGGAAUUGGAAAGCAGUGCUAUUCGCCUUCAUUACAGACCUUUGUUGCCAGCAAUGGGAUGCCUCCUAGCCCUAUUCCUAGCCCGACUAGACGAUUUGCUACCAGGAGGAGUCAAAGUCCAAUCAACUGUAUCAGACCAAGUGUGCUGGGACCCAUAAAGAGAAAAGGCGAAAUGGAAAAUGAAGAUCAACCAAAGAGAUUCUUUCAAGGCACCAGUAGCAGUCUGCUUUCUCCUGAUGUUCCAUCAAUUCCUGACAUGUGUCUGUCUUCAGAUGCUCUUGAUGGAAACAGCAGCAGUGCUGGAUCUUCUUGUAACUCACCAGCUAAAGUCAGCACUACCACCGACUCUCCUGUGUCGCCCUCUGACUCGGGCUCUCCAUUUAUCCCCGUAGAUGAGCUUUCAUCUAAGUGAUUCACCACUCCACGACUUGUUUUUCUGAUGGAGAGAAAAAUCCAGUUGGAGUAAUAACGUAGAAUUGUAUUGUGCAGUUUGGGCUAUUUCCUCUUUUAUAUUUUUCCUCUUAGGAAUAUCCAGAAAUAUUGUUAUUCUAGAGAACUUCCAUGUCCAGUUCCUGAGGAUGCGCUUAAAUUCAACAUAGUAAUCUUUUCAAAAACAUCUUCUAAAUGAGGAGUAUGUUGAAGCUAUAAAUGUACAUCUUUUAAGCUGCUAAUAUAUCUAUAUACCUAUGUCAUCCCUUGAUUAUUUUUUUUUAAUAAUUGAGAGCGCUAUUUAUUUAUGGGGAUAGUAAGUUCUGAUGAAGUAUAAUUGUUAAAUCAGUAUCACAAACUGAUGUUUGAAAAUGACACUUUGUGCCCACACUAGUUCUUAAUAUUUUCAGUAAUUGCUAGCCUUCAUUUAAAAAAAGAAACAUAACCAACCUAUCAAAAGCUGUUUUUAAAGUAUGCUAAUUAUAACAUACUAAUCUUACGAUUAUCUGUUUUACACAGGAAUCCGGAGCUAUUUACUUUGUUUUGGGAAGAGAAAGGGGUAGUAUAAGGAGGAAAAAAUCCUAAAUGAAUAGCAGAAGCAAAGUGCUUAAUUGGGGCUUUGUGCCAGUAUUCAACUUGUGUUUUACCUUGAUUGAUUUUAUAUUUAGAUGUGGAGAAGCCAGUGUUGAUUAGUAGUAGCUUUAUGCAUUUUUGUGAAUUCCUUUUUAUUUCUAAUUAUGACUGCUGAUUUGAUUAAAUAUGCUUCCUACAUGUAAUGGAUUUUCCGUCAGAAUUACCUACUUCCUUUUUCCCCUAAAUGACUGUAAAUUUUUUUUUAACUCCAAAUGUUUUGCUAUCUAAAAAUCUUUUAAGGGAUUUUUUUUUUAAAAUAGAAAUAGAAUAGCCCUAGCAAAGUGUUAAAUUUUAAAACCUAAAAUAAGUGCUUUGAACAAUUGGGGUAGUUAACAUUCGAUUUAAAAUUAGAAAGGGAAUUUUCUGAAUUUAAGUUGAGAAUAGAUUGAAAUGGGCAUAGUCAAUUAUGAAUAGUCCUUAUAAAACACAUUUCCUUUUCGAAGGAGAUAACUAGAACAAUGAUUUUUAACUAUACUCUCAAAUGGGAAAAGACACAGGUGCAGAGGACUGUGAUGCAAAAGCCUUGACGGCUUUCACCAUAAGAGUCUAUGGAUAAAUGUAACCACAUACGCCCAAGUAUGCACCAUUCAUCAUGAUGGACUUCUAAGAAGGGAAUAGAAUUCUACUAAUGACCAACUACGAGUAAAUGGGACUGGUGGUAUAGUCUUAGUGAUGCUUUAGCUUCUUUGUUUCCCAGGUCUUAGACUUGUUAGGUAAAAAGAAAGGGGUUAGAGGGGCUUUGCUGCAACUUAAUGUGGUAGCAAUUCUGUACCUUGCCCCCCCCACCAAAAAAAAAAAGGAAAAAAAAAAGCUGUGUCUAUCGACAAAGACAGAAAAGGUUCUUAUACAGCUAUGAUGCAUUUGCACAGACUCUAGGAGAGGAUAUAAUGUUCCAGAACAAAAACCACUGAAGAUAGACAAAGUGAACUUUUAGGGUGAAAACACUGCUUCAAGAAACCUUGUAUAAAUUCAUAAGCUAAGCAAUACAUUAGUAUAUGCUUAUAUAUGUAGGGGGUACUAAUAAUUGGACUCCUCUAGCAAGGGGUUUGCUUUGGUAAUCAUAACUCUACUUAGCUCAGACCAUUUUUCACUCUCUUCUAGUUAGUUUAGACUUCUGUGUUAUGUGCUAGAAUAACAUAACUAACUACAGUAUGCUUGGUGUAGCAUUUGUGAAUACUGUUGUUGGCUUUUCAUUCUUGAUUGCAACUGUUGCCUUUUGAGCUUGUGUAAUGGAAGGAGCCUGUUUUUCUCUCUACAAAAGACUUUCCCUCUCUUGGUAUUCAACCUCAAAGAAUUGCUUAACUUUUCCAUGCUGUUUUUGUGGUUGGUUCCUUUUGAGUAUGAUAAGGCUGUAGUUUAUCUUAAACAUGCCAAAGACCUGUCACGUCACUCUUCUGUAGGGAAGACUGAUUCUGGGG